UGUUGAAGGCGUUCCUAGUUCCUUCAUUUCUUUCUUGCUGGAGUGGCUGGCGCCCUGGCUCUAUGCGGCUCCUAGAAGGGCGGGCUUUUACACCCAUAACAAGCAGAACCUAGCGACAGCAGAUUCCGCUAGGAAGCCAGCGACGACGAUGGAGGACGCGCACGAGGUCAUUCAACAAGUGGCGGAGUAUGGCAAGGAGUCCGUGGUGGUGGCGAAGCAGCUGUGCCACGCCAUCGACAUGCUCUACAAGGCGGUGGAAGCAGCAAAGCAGGACGACCGGGAGUGCCAAGAGAUCGUCACGACCAUUGUGUGCGGUGCGCCAAUCAUUGAGGCGCUGCUACUAGAGGGGCGGCGCGGCAGGGACGAACGCAUCGAGAAGGCGAUGACAACGGCCCUCAAAAGCGCCGCGGGGGCCAUCGAUGUGGCGUGCUUUGCUGUGUACUCGUGGCUCGCUAAGAGCGGGUUUGCUCGACUCGGCUCGGCUCAGGGCAUGGAGCCGAAACUCCGACACGCUUGGGAGUUUCUCAGAAAUCGCAUGGACGACGUUCAACGCCUCCAGGUGCACAUGAUUUAUGCGAAAACGAACGAGGCGGUGAGCGAGCUGAGGGCCGUGCACGCCGACAUCGCCAAAGUGGUCGACGAGCUGCGCCGCCUUGACGCCCGAACGACGUCGUCAGCAUCGGACGCGGGACGCACUACGCUGCUCGCAAAGGCCGUUGUGGCGAGGACCGAGAAGGGGGGCCAGCGUCUGAAGGGCCACACCGGCGAAGUGUACAGUGUCGCGUGGAGCCCAGACGGGCGGAAGGUAGCGACGGGGUCAAGCGACUCAACAGCAAUCAUAUGGGACGCAGCAGUGGGGGAGCCGCUGCGCAAGCUGGAGGGUCACUCCAACUCCGUUCGAGCCGUCGCGUGGAGCCCGGAUGGGCGCAGACGCCUGCGCAAGCUGGAGGGCCACAAAAGCCGUAAUAGUGCCGUCGCAUGGAGCCCGGACGGGCGCGCGGUGGCAACGGCGUCAGAGGAUGCCACCGCCGCUAUCUGGGACGCAGCGACUGGGGAGCGGCUGCGCAAUCUGGAGGGUCACAGAAACUCUGUUUUAGCCGCCGCAUGGAGCCCAGACGGGCGCGCAGUGGUAACGGCGGGUAAACAAGAUACCGCCGUCAUUUGGGACGCGGCAACGGGGGAGCAGCUGCGCGAGCUGGAGUGUCACUGGGGGUUCAUCCUCGCCGUCGCUUGGAGUCCUAACGGGCGUUCAGUGGCCACGGCGUCAGGCUACACCGCCGCCAUCUGUAAUGCAGCGACGGGAGAGCUGGUGCGCCAGCUGGAGGGCCACAAGGACUAUGUUAGAGCGGUCGCAUGGAGUCCGGACGGGCGCGCGGUGGCAACGUCGUCAGACGAUAAAACCGCCGCCAUAUGGGACGCGGCGACCGGGGAGCGGCUGCGCAAGCUGGAGGGUCACUCCAAACCCGUUCUAGCUGUCGCGUGGAGCCCGGACGGGCGCGCAUUGGCCACGGCGUCGGAAGACAAAAUGGCCGCAAUCUGGACCAUUAAGUUGCAGCAAGACUGA